AUGGGUCAGAAUCAUCAGCCGAGCGAACGAACCCCUCUGCGGGCUGAUACUACAGUUGAUACGGCUACCCCAUCCGAUAAGGAUCUUUGGCGGCAGACUUUAACAUAUGAAGAAUCGCACCGACUUUUGCCAUGGCAAAGCGAUAAUGAUCACAUCAGAACGGGAUACAGACGUCAGAUCAGAUCUAUCAGGGGUUGUAUUUGGAGUGCUUUUGCAUUCUUCCAUAAUGAGACAGUCAACAUUCACACCCACUCCAUCGGCGCAUUCUUUUUCGCCAUUCUCAUCCCCUUGCAUCUCUUUCCGACCCAUUUCCCAACUUUUGGGCGGGCGUCAGAUCCCCUGCCGACUCCCCCGACGACUCAUGACAAGAUCGCUCUGACUCUCAAUCUGGUGUGUUCGGUAGCUUGCCUAGGCCUGAGCAGUUGGUUUCAUACCGUCUGUUGUCAUUCUCGAGAAGUAUCAGACCUUUCUCAUAGGGGAGACUACGUGAGCUGUCCGGGUUCUGUGUCGAAGACUGAUGCAGGACAGCUUGGGAUUGUCAUCCUUACUUGCGGAACAAUCAUAGCAGGUCUGUACUACUCCUUUUAUGGACAGCCCGUCCUGCAAGGGCUGUAUAUGGGCUUCAUCUUCCUAGCUGGCGUGGCCACGACCUACACGGUCUUAUCUCCAGCCCAGAGGACUCAUCGGUGGAGGAGGACAACGGCAUUCAUUGCCUUGGGCCUCUCCGCAGUCAUUCCAGUGGCACACGUCAUUAUCGCUCGUGGACUGACCUACGCCAGACAAGUAGUCAGUCUGGACCUGGUCAUAGCUGGAGGAGCAUCUUACAUCUUCGGGGCGAUCCUGUAUGCCGCUCGAGUACCUGAACGGUUCAGCCCAGGUACAUUCGACUAUUUAGGAGCGUCUCAUCAGAUCUUUCAUUGCUUUGUACUGGGUGGCGCUGGUCUGCAAUACGCCGCUCUCCGAGGUAUGGUCUGGGGUCGGCAAUCUCUGCCUUGAGACUUGUCAUCCAAGCACACUUGCGAUUGCUGGACUUGACUUGCGCGAGGGAACGGCAUCAUCGCAAAACACGGAACUUGUCGGUCUCUUCCUUCACGCCGGAAAUCAUCGAGUGAAGCGAAGCAGCCACUUGAGCCAGAUGUGAACCUCUUCGAGGAGAGAUAUGGAUACACACAAGGCUCAACCCA